AAAAUUCAGUACUGUUUAUAUUUAUAUUGUUUAUAUUACUGCUGGAAGAGCGUAAAAAAUAAAUAUUUCGAUCCAAAUUUUCUUCAUAAAUCGUCUAGUUCGCGCAUAAAAAGUCUAAAAAUGAAUUCCCAAUCAUCUUUGUACGGGAUUCAGAGUACGGCUGGUGCAGUUCCCGUACGAAAUACGAAAGGAGAAAUUUCCAUGCAAAAAGUAAAAGUUCAUCGAUAUGUUUCGGGAAAGCGUCCGGAGUAUGCCCAGUAUGCCAGCAGCGAUGCUGAAUCGGACGAGGAUGACUUCAUGGAUAACCGUCGAGUAGCGGCGGAAGAGCAUCGCGAAGCUUUCCAUCGUCGGGCGGACUCCGAUGAGGACGAUGAUCGACUUCCCUUGGAUAUUGAUGAUCCUCGGAUUCGACGUCUGCAAGCCAUCCGAGCGGUUGAAGUAGAGGAACGUCGCGAGCGUCAUCGGGUGGUCCACGAACCGGAGCUAGUGCAGUCGGAAGAGGAGAAGGACGUAGCCGAUGAGGAGGAAAUGCCAGAAGAGGACUCGAGGCAGCAUUUGCGUCAUCGCGAACGACCAGAGGAAUCGGAUGAUGAAGAGGACGAGGAGCAGAAUGAGGACGAAAACAAUGCGCUGACGAAGCGACGAAUUUCGGUUGGUUCCGAGUCGGAAUCGGACACUGAAUUGAGUGACACUGAAAUCGAACGCCGCAGGCAAAUGCUUAAACUGAAGAUGGUGCAGCAGAAGAAAGAGGAAGAACUGCUGCAGAAAGAGGACGAAGGCCAGUCGGAUUCGUCUGAAUCUGAGAGUUCCGAAUAUGAAGAAACCGAAAGCGAAGAGGAAAAUCAACCCCGUUUGAAGCCAUUGUUUGUACGUAAGAAGGACCGUACGACUGUCAUCGAGAAAGAACGGGAAGCCAACAAGCAAAAACAGUUGGAGUACGAAGCGAAGAAAGCUGCUAAAGAGCGUCGUCGUCAAACGUUGAAACUGGUCGAAGAUACCAUCAAGAAGGAACUGGAGAAGGCUAAAGUUGAUAACGAGCCCAAUUUGAACGAUGUAAACACGGACGACGAGAACGACGAAGUUGAGUACGAAGCGUGGAAGCUGCGCGAGUUGAAGCGUAUCAAGCGAGACCGCGAGGAGAAAGAUGCGCUGGACAAGGAGAAAACCGAAAUCGAACGUCUACGGAACAUGUCCGACGAGGAAAGACGCCAAGAGCAGCGUCUCAAUCCAAAAAUUGUCACAAACAAAACCGUCAAGGGAAAGUACAAGUUCUUGCAGAAAUACUACCAUCGUGGUGCAUUCUAUCUGGACGAGGAGGACCAGGUGUACAAGCAAGACUUCUCGUCGCCUACACUGGAGGAUCACUUCGACAAGACGAUCCUGCCAAAGGUCAUGCAGGUCAAGAACUUUGGACGAUGCGGCCGUACCAAGUAUACACAUUUGGUCGAUCAAGAUACAACCAAGUUCGAUUCGCCAUGGUUCAACGACACUGCUAAUAACGUUAAAUUUCACAAUGAACGCGCAGGCGGGAUGAAGCAAGUGUUCGACAAACCUUCGUUGUAUAAAAAUAAGCGAGAUGUGUAAUUUAAUACACACGUAUCCCUCAGAUUAUUUUAGUUUAGGGAAAUGUAUUAUAAAAAAGUAGUAAUGAUAAUCUUUGUUCUGCUCAUCAGAGAAUAAUGUUUAUUGAUGAGCCUUAUAUUUUGAUUAAAUUAAUUGAAUUCUAAUGCUUACGUGAAACUACAAAAUAUUCGUGUUCUUUUAAAAAUACAAACAAGAAUGUAAUAUGCGACCAAAUAAAAAACGCUGAUUUACCAGAAUGACUAAAU